AUGAACACACAACCCCUCAGCACGUCUCUCAGAUUCACGUCACGGCUCCUGUCGCGAAAAUGUCUCAUCAGACCUUCUCACAUCCUACGCGCAAUCGCCAGCCAAGCCCCAGAGCAUCAGGCCAAGUAUGCGGAUAAAUUGCGACAGAAAGCAGAGGAAGCUGGCCUUUCGGUGUCCGAAUUGGUCAAGAAAGCAGAGGCUGAGAAGGCUGAGCGGCGGAAAGCAGAGGCAGAUAAGCUGAAGGCUGCUGCAGCGAAGUUCAAGAAUGAGAAGCUGACCGAAAGCCCCUCGCACUCCUCGCAAGGAGAAAAAGCCCCAUCCGUGUUAACUGGGGAACGGAAAGACGCGACCCCCUUUCGCGCGCUGUCAAGCAUCUUGAGUCUGCCACGUCUAUUAUCUACGCCGCACACCCCAGAGCAGAUCUCAGCCCUCUGGACGGCCUAUCAUGCCUCACGCUCCGGGGGGACUGGUCGAGGCUUCGUGUGUGCGACGAUCCCGCUGAAGAUGUACAAGACGAUGGAGAACAGUGGACGCGCCUAUCCUUCGUUUGUCGUUCCCGUCCCACGGGUGCAACAACACGAGCAAGAGGAGGAUAGGAAGGGGGUAGUAGGGGCCGACGAGUCCGACCCCGCACUGCAGAAGCCGAAGAGCGACGAUAAUCAGAAUGUGGCGCACGAGUUCUACUACCUCCAGUGGGACUUCCAUGAUGCGCCACCCAUUCCGACACCCUCCGAAGACCUGUUCGCCAAGCCGGUACAGACACCGGAGGGAGGGAACCCACCGACUGCAACGAUUUUAUUUACCCCUUUGCAGGAGUAUAAAAUGCGGGGGAGCUUCGCCACACCGUACCUGGUUUUAACCUUGUACGCGGACCUGUCAGCGACUCAUGGUCUCGUGCUGCUGCGAGGCGAGAUAACGCCCUCGACGGGAGCUGGGAAUGGGACUGCGGACAGAUAUAUGCUGACGCAAGAGGAUUCACAAUUGUUGACGAUGGCCUUGCAAAAGUUCUACCUCUGGAACGAGGAUCCUAAGCAGGACAACGACCUCAGUGGUAAGACCUUGCUACGGACCUUCCACGAGCGCCCGCAAGAGUUCAAAUGGGAAGACCUUAUCAAGUUUUCCAACCUGACGAUUUAA